CGCCAACCUCACACGUACAAUAGCACGAUGCUUACGAGGAUUCUUGCAACAUUAGCAGACAAAUACGUCACUGAGAAGCUCCUCCAAAGCGAGGCGUUCCACAAAUUCGUGCAGAAGACCCAUGAUACGGUCAAGAAUCCGAAGAGUAUCAAGGAUAUGGACUUCUCGGGAUGGUCAGAUAAGUCAGUAGCGAAGCAGGGUGGCGAGAAGAUGGAGGCCGUCCGAACGUUCGCGGCACUGUUCAUGGAUGAGGUUAAGAAUCGCGACAAGUACAACAAGAAAUGAUGAUCGAGGAGGAAGAUUAUUUAUGUGCAUUUACUCGGCGUUACUUGAUCUCUUUUGGCGUUCUUCGGCGUUAUUUCUUGGACGAUGAUCCAAACUUUGUUACCGCUACCUCUUUUUCAUAAUAUUACGGUAUAUAUGCUACCUAUAGCUAGGUACCCAGGUUUUCAUGUGACGGCCUCAAUACUUCUUCCGGCUACCCACCGUGCCUCAUGCAAAUCUACAGAUGUCAAUCUCAGUUUCCCCAUAACCUUUCUCGCCUUCUCCCCGCCCGCAUCCAAGUCCUUGUAGAUACCUACUGCCACGCAUCUGGCGUCGCAAGAAUCUAUCCUGGUGGUCGCUGUUCCCUUGGAGUUUAG